AUGUCUGACGAAUUCGAAAAAAUAAUUGCGGCAAAAGACUUGAAUGUGGAAAUUGCCACAACGAAUAUAAAAAACGUAUUAAAUAAUUUCUAUCACUUGGCACAUUUAAACCAAUCCCAAAAUCAACCCCAAGACCAGAAAAUCAACUCUAUU